GUGUGUCGCCUCGGCUCGCCCUCCACGCCUCUUUGUUUUUGUCAAUGAGUUGAUGACCUGGCCGGACGCUCAGAGUUUCUGCAGACAGAACUUCAUGGACCUGGUGACGGUCAGCAGCAUGGAGGACGUGACGCUCCUGACCAGCAUGGUGGAUCUGGACGCCAUGGUCUACGACAGCUCAGAUUUCAAACAUCGAGCCUGGAUCGGUUUGUCUGACGACCCGAACAGCUGGAGGUGGUCCAUUACUGACCCCAACUUCCACAGGGACGGAGAAGCUGCGUUCUUUAAGUGGAAGCCUGGGGAACCAAACAACUACAUGGGAAGAGAGGCCUGCGGAGCCAUGAUCCACACUGGAGACUUCGCUGAUUUGCAAUGUGCAAGACUCCUCACACCAAUCUGCUGCGACGUACAAGGACACGAUACUUCAUUUGUCUUCAUCAACCAGACGAUGAGCUGGGCUGCAGCCCAGAGCUUCUGCAGGCAGCAUCACACUGACCUGGCCAGCGUGAGGAGCUCAUCGGAGUGGGAGCAGAUACAGGUCCUAGUCCAAUCCGCUGGACAGAAUGCAGCCUGGAUCGGUCUGUUCAGAAACUCCUGGUCGUGGUCGGAUGGCAGCAACGUCACGUUCAGCCACUGGAGGCCGACAGAACCGAACGGAGCGCAGGAGAACUGUGCGGUGUCGGCGCUGAGUGACGGCGGCGUGUGGGAGGACCAGCUCUGCUCCAGACUCCAGCCCUGCUUCUGCUACGAUGUUCCAGGUUCGACGCAGGUGGUGAAGGUGAAGCUGGUGAAGUCUUCCUCUCUGGACCUGAGCGACCCGGCUGUGCUGGCAGACCUGCUGCAGCAGUUUGAACAGAAGCUGAAGAAGGACAGCAGAGAGGAAGGAGACAUUCAGCUGAGAUGGAUCGGCCAAUCAGACGGGAGGAUCUUCCACCAGGAUGAGUGACGUCAGCAGACAGGAAGACGUGUCUGCUGAAAAUAUUUUGUUCCUUAUUAACAUGGUUUGCUGUUUUCUACCCAUAAUCCUCUUAAAGUAGACAAAUAGUACAUUUAUGUGUGAUGUAAUUAGUUUAAUGUUGUGAUGUAGAAAGUGGCUCUGUUUACCU